UUACGUUAUAGGCGCGCGUCACGGGGGCGGGAGUCAGCUGAGCUGCCGGGGCGAGGUUGGGAUCACCUGGGAUCAACUGAAGGAGCCGGUGAUCUCUUGUGGGCGGGAGUGGGGUGCAGAAUUGGGCCAGAUUUUAGGGGGGGCGGCUCCUCGAUCUUCAUGCUCUGUAAGGUGAGAGCGAGAUCAUCACUUUAGAAGCGGCGGCAGGUUCUGAGGAUCUGUCAGAGACUGGACAGUCACAGCUCUCAAUCCGGGGCGACGGGGAUUCAGAGGGGAACCCUGUUGUGAUCCUCGGGCCCCUGGUGAAGGGCUCAGAGGCCGGGCACCAUGGCGUCCAUCCUGGAUGAGUACGAGGACUCACUGUCUCGCUCCGCCGCCUUGCAGCCCGGCUGCCCUAGCGUGGGCAUCCCCCACUCGGGGUAUGUGAAUGCCCAGCUGGAGAAGGACGUGCCCAUCUUCACGAAGCAGCGGAUUGACUAUACCCCUUCUGAACGUAUCACCAGUCUUGUGGUCUCCUGCAAUCAGCUCUGCAUGAGCCUGGGCAAGGAUACACUGCUCCGCAUUGACUUGGGCAAGGCAAAUGAACCCAACCAAGUGGAGCUGGGGCGCAAGGACGAUGCCAAAGUGCACAAGAUGUUCCUGGACCACACUGGCUCCCACCUGCUGAUUGCUCUGAGCAGCACCGAGGUGCUCUACGUGAACCGUAACGGACAGAAGGUGAGGCCACUGGCACGCUGGAAGGGGCAGCUGGUGGAGAGCGUGGGCUGGAACAAGGCGCUGGGCACCGAGAGCGGCACCGGGCCCAUCCUGGUCGGUACCGCCCACGGCCAGAUCUUCGAAGCGGAGCUCUCAGCCAGCGAGGGUGGGCUUUUCGGCCCUGCCCCGGAUCUCUACUUCCGCCCGUUGUAUGUGCUGAAUGAAGAGGGGGGUCCCGCGCCGGUGUGCUCCCUGGAGGCGGAGCGGGGCCCUGAUGGGCGAGGCUUUGUGAUCGCCACCACUCGACAGCGCCUCUUCCAAUUCAUAGGCCGAGCUGCAGAGGGGGCUGAGGCCCAGGGCUUCUCGGGGCUCUUUGCUGCCUACACAGACCACCCACCCCCAUUCCGGGAGUUUCCCAGCAACCUGGGCUACAGCGAGUUGGCCUUCUACACCCCUAAGCUGCGCUCAGCGCCGCGGGCCUUCGCCUGGAUGAUGGGGGACGGCGUGUUAUAUGGCGCAUUGGACUGUGGGCGUCCCGACUCACUGCUCAGCGAAGAGCGAGUCUGGGAGUACCCAGAGGGGGUAGGUCCUGGGGCCAGCCCACCCCUGGCCAUCGUCCUGACCCAGUUCCACUUCCUGCUGCUGCUGGCGGAUCGGGUGGAAGCGGUGUGCACGCUGACGGGGCAGGUGGUGCUGCGGGAUCACUUCCUGGAGAAGUUCGGGCCGCUCAAGCACAUGGUGAAGGACUCGUCCACCGGCCAGCUGUGGGCCUACACUGAGCGCGCCGUCUUCCGCUACCACGUGCAGCGCGAGGCCCGGGAUGUCUGGCGCACCUACCUGGACAUGAACCGCUUCGACCUGGCCAAAGAGUAUUGUCGAGACCGGCCCGACUGCUUGGACACGGUCCUGGCCCGGGAGGCCGAUUUCUGCUUCCGCCAACGUCGCUACCUGGAGAGCGCCCGCUGCUACGCCCUCACCCAGAGCUACUUCGAGGAGAUCGCCCUCAAGUUCUUGGAGGCCCACCAGGAGGAGGCCCUGGCCGAGUUCCUGCAGCGGAAGCUGACUGGUUUGAAGCCAGCUGAGCGUACCCAGGCCACACUGCUGACCACCUGGCUGACGGAACUCUACCUGAGCCGGCUGGGGGCUCUGCAGGGCGACCCGGAGGCCCUGAACCUCUACCGGGAGACGCGGGACCGCUUCCGUGCUUUCCUCAGCAGCCCCCGCCACAAGGAGUGGCUCUUUGCCAGCAGGGCUAUCCACGAGCUGCUGGCCAGUCAUGGGGACACUGAGCACAUGGUGUACUUUGCUGUGAUCAUGCAGGACUACGAGCGGGUGGUGGCCUACCACUGCCAGCACGAGGCCUAUGAGGAGGCCCUGGCCGUGCUGGCACGCCACCGGGACCCCCAACUCUUCUACAAGUUCUCGCCCAUUCUCAUCCGGCACAUCCCUCGUCAGCUGGUAGAUGCCUGGAUUGAACUGGGCAGCCGGCUGGAUGCCCGGCAGCUCAUCCCUGCCCUGGUGAACUACAGCCAGGGUGGUGAGGCCCAGCAGGUGAGCCAGGCCAUCCGCUACAUGGAGUUCUGCGUGAACGUGCUGGGUGAGACUGAGCAGGCCAUCCACAACUACCUGCUGUCGCUGUACGCCCGUGGCCAGCCCGCCUCGCUGCUGGCCUACCUGGAGCAGGCAGGGGCCAGCCCACACCGCGUGCACUAUGACCUCAAGUACGCGCUGCGGCUCUGUGCAGAGCACGGCCACCACCGAGCCUGCGUCCAUGUCUACAAGGUCCUGGAGCUGUAUGAGGAGGCUGUGGACCUGGCCCUACAGGUGGAUGUGGACCUGGCCAAGCAGUGUGCAGACCUGCCCGAGGAGGACGAGGAACUGCGCAAGAAGCUGUGGCUGAAGAUCGCAAGGCACGUGGUGCAGGAGGAGGAAGACGUGCAGACGGCCAUGGCCUGCCUGGCCAGCUGCCCCUUGCUCAAGAUCGAGGACGUGCUGCCCUUCUUCCCCGACUUCGUCACCAUCGACCACUUCAAGGAGGCGAUCUGCAGCUCGCUCAAGGCCUACAACCACCACAUCCAGGAGCUGCAGCGUGAGAUGGAAGAGGCCACUGCCAGCGCCCAGCGCAUCCGGCGAGACCUGCAGGAGCUGCGAGGCCGCUACGGCACUGUGGAGCCCCAGGACAAAUGUGCCACCUGCGACUUCCCCCUCCUCAACCGCCCUUUUUACCUCUUCCUCUGUGGCCACAUGUUCCAUGCUGACUGCCUGCUGCAGGCCGUGCGGCCCGGCCUGCCCGCCUACAAGCAGGCCCGGCUGGAGGAGCUGCAGCGAAAGCUGGGGGCUGCCCCGCCCCCCACCAAGGGCUCUGCCAGGGCCAAGGAAGCUGAGGGCGGGGGCCCUACUGGGGGGCCCAGCCGGGAACAGCUCAAGGCCGACCUGGAUGAACUGGUGGCCGCCGAGUGUGUGUACUGUGGGGAGCUGAUGAUCCGCUCCAUUGACCGACCCUUCAUCGACCCCCAGCGCUACGAGGAAGAGCACCUCAGUUGGCUCUAGGAGAUGCAGUCCCUAAUGGGUGGGCAGGCAGUGGGGAGCAGCCACACCUAUUGGGGAGCCCACAGCCUGUGCCGUGGUCCUGCUAUCACUGGGCUGUGACUAUGCUGGGGGCGGUGGGGUUAGAGCUGUUUGCCCGCGAGGUCUCAGGCAAAUGUUCUGCAAGCUUCCAGUGCGGUCUUCAGACCCGCCUGAGAGCUGCAGCCGUCCGCCUGCCUCUCAGUAGUGAGCCUUAGCCUGGAGAAGCCAUUUCUGCCUCCUGCCUCUGGUAGCUCUUUGUCCUUAUCACUCCUGUUCACCUUCUUGACUCAGCUCUACUCUUCCUCCUUCACUGUCUGGCCUCACUGCUAGCUCUUCCCCCUCAGAGGAAGCCCUCUCCUCUAUCUGCCCCUGGGUGUCUCAGGAGUGACCGCAUCCAGAGCAGUGGGUGGGAAAGAUGGUGCUAUGGUAGGCUGUGCUUGUGCACACUGUCUGGGCUCCAGUAUGAGGAGAGGGGUACCCGAGGGCCGAGGGCCUCUGGGAGGACAGGGAGGCCCUGUCGGGUUGGAGGGCAUUAAACUGCGCUGCACUGGUGACUCUGGAGUCAAUGGGUUGGUUGCUGUGCCGAGUGGUGAGCAAUUGCCAGGAGGGGCUGGGGAGCCUCAGGAAGGCUGCCAGGGCCCUGCAAGCCUGAAACCUUGACAGACAGUCCCUCACCUAGAGGUGAGAUGGGA